AGUUACCCUGGAGUCAGUGUCUGACAGGAUGUCUGCUUUCCUGCUGAGUGGAGGUGAGGAGGAGUUCUGAAGCAAGGCGCCUAGUUGCAGGCUGAGAGGAUUGCAGUUGAGCAGCCAGGAAGAGUGCCCACCAAGUGCCAGCUCUGAGAUCUGAGUUAUUGCUCACGUCUGCACCCAGCAGCAGCUCCGUGCAUUAGCUCCUCGUGGAGCUCUCUGCUGCACAGCCAAGAUGCUCUCUGCAAAGGCGUGGGACUGGCAGACAAAUGCCACUUGUGAGAGCUCGGUAGACAUGGAGCUGGUUCUGCAUUACUCUCUUAUUCCAUCGUUUGCCAUCAUUUUGGUGCUGUCCUUCCUUGAAAGAAGAAUGAGCAGAAGUCAGAUAGAUGGAAAAUUGCACCUGCUCAAUGGCCGCUUUGGAAUUGUCAUACCCUUGGAUUUUGUUGGGACAUUCAGCAACCGAUGGUCAUUUGGUAUUGCAUUUGGAGCUACAGCCAAUAAAGUUAUGUUCCUGUUUUCGGAAGGUUACCUGCCACUACGAGUGCCCAAGUGGGCCCAAGCCAUUGUGCUUCUCAUAGGAGCCACUGAAGUGGGCCUCUCAUAUUUCCCUUUCUUCGCCUGCCUCUCGACGGAAUUCCAGAUCACAGGGUCUGUACUGGGAUUCUUCUACACGUUCACUUGGUUCGUAAUCACGAUCACAAACAUUGUGCAGUGCCCACAUGGACAAGUGAUGGGAGACUAUGAGAAGAUCAUAUUUUAUUGGCCUUCCCUGUUCUGUCUGGUUUUUCUACUGGGCCGCUUUGCCCUGAUGUUUGUGAAAGGACUGAGGGUUCACUUAAAGAUGGAUGUGUCAGAUCAGGAAAAUCAUUUCCUGGAGGUGCAUCAGGCUCAGCAUGUCAAACGUCUGGUCAGGAAGUCCCCAGAGCGGCAGGCUCAGAAAUCUUGGUUCCAGCGCAAGGUGUAUGAAUGGGACCCAUGCUUUCAGUUCCCAGGCAGAAUGAUUGGCACAUCUGCGCUAGCCUUAAUCUGCCUGUACAUUUUUAUCGUUAUUGAGUUUUUCAUUUACAAGGAAGUCUCCAAAGAGCUGAAGAUAUUAGAUCAGAAAUUUGAAGAGCUUGUUGAUUCUAGCAAUGGCUCAGAAGUACUUGUAUCAACUGUCCUGCAGCUGAAAGAGUUUAUUAAUGUCAUUCAAGGUGUUUGGAUUUUCACCACCUUUGCUGCCUCCCUGACGUGUGUAAGCUACAUAUUUCACAUCUUAGCCUGCUACAGGAAACACAUGAAGCGGCUGUGGGCAGGGAAGAAACAUUUCCUUCCACUAAGAUCUCAUGAGCCUGCUUCUUCUCAAAGCGUGCAGCAAAGAAAUGGUGCAGAUUCCCAGCCUCACUGUUCUCCAGAUCUUACUAUUACCAGCACCUCAACCCUGCGGCUGAGGCACACACCCACUCCAGCUCUCCUUGCUGCCUCACUAGCAGGGCUGGGCUACUCCUCGCACACAGCACCGGCAGCAAUAGCAAGAUACUCUGGUUGGCAAAUUGCAUACAUAUUAUGGGGCUACCUGAUCAUUCACGUGAUGCAGUGUCUGUUUGGUGUAAUGAUCAUGUACAGUUUUGUUUUGCCAAUACAGCAUGGCCAAGGGCUGGAAAUGGCAAAAGGUUUGGCAAUUGGGAUUCUUACAGUUGGAAUUGCCACAGGGCUCAUGAUAUUACAAAUCAAGAUCGCUGCGAGAUUUUUCCUUCAGCCAAAGAUCUUGCCAGAUGAUAAGCAGAAGCCAUUAGCUCUCAAUAACAGGAAAGCUUUCCACAACUUCAAUUACUUUUUAUUCUUCUACAAUGUGCUCCUGGGCUUGGGGGCUUGUUUGUUCAGACUGCUUUGCAGUGUCCUGUUGGGAACUUGGCUGAUUGCACGGAUAGACAGGACUAUAAUGCAGAAAGGGUAUGAAGCUGCUGACAUGGGAUUCAACACAUGGGUUGGUAUGAUAUUUAUGGACCACUACCACACUAACCCCACCCUCCUCAGCUUUUGUCACAUUCUUCUGGCCGAGAAAAAACUGCACAAAUCCACCAAAUACUAUUUGUUCAAUAAUAUAGCAGAACCCAGAGUGUCAACCAGAGCCAGGACACGGUGGUUGCUGCUCUACACCCUUCUUAACAACCCCAAACUCACUGAACUCAGGAAGCCUAACGUGCAGUCCGGUGCCAGUGCUGCGCCACAGAACCCCUGUGUCUAGCUUACUCUGCACCUGGAAAUUGGAAGACUCUUGAACAGCUGGUGACUUGCCUCUUAGGACCUUCAGAAGAUGGAGCUCUGUUUCAGAGCUAUACACUAUGAGCAGUUAGGACCCUCAGCCCUGGUGUGACAGGAGAGCUGUGGGAAUGGAUGUCCAGAGCACUUGCUGUCAUUGGUUGUUGUGCAUUACAUGUGUUUCCAACAGACAGCUGUGAAUUGCGUUAAAUCACUAUAAACCCCAGCAAUAUUUUCAUUGUUUUAAACCAAAUCGAGGUACAUUGGUUUUAGCCAAUAUUUCCUUGCCUGGUUGGGGCCAAGGACCAUUCUUCUCUCAUUUUGCCAAGUAUGCAAGUUCAAGGGGACAGAACCGAAUUUCCCCAUUGAAUACAAGGCUCCAAUGUGAGUUUGGUUUUGUACUACCUUUCCUCUCGCAGCAAGCACAACUUUUGUUUGUCCUAAUUCCCAACUGUGCCAGAGCCUGUGCAGGGACUAAUGAAUGUGCAAUGAACUGUGAAACACCGGCAGUGAGUUUGAAAAAGUUACAAUCCAAUUAUAAGUAGCUGACAACU